UGAGCCCGGCCAGACCACACAGCUGGGCCCAGCCUUGGCUGGCUUCUCUCUGCCUAGGGGACCCCUGGGACCCUGUUCUUGUUCCCCGAGAUCAAAGCAACAAGUGCCUCUAUCCACAAUGAAUGUCGUCCUCUCCAGGGACAGUCAGGUGAGGGCCAUGGAGAACACCGUGACCAACGCGGAGAGGUAUUUUGGCCAGUUCUGCUCGCUGCUGGCCUCCUACACGCGCAAGACAGCCCGGCUGCGCGACAAGGCUGACCAGCUGGUGAAGCAGCUGAUGGACUUUGCCAACACCGAGAACCCGGAGUUGCGGGCUACCAUGAAAGACUUUGCGGAGGACCUGGCCAAGGUGCAGGAUUACCGGCAGGCAGAGGUCGAGAGGCUGGAGGCCAAGGUCAUCAGCCCCCUGAAGCUCUACGGUGCCCAGAUAAAGCAGACCCGGGCAGAUAUCAAGAAAUGUAAACGUGUCCAAAAUAAUGAGAUCAAACAACUGGAAAAGCUGGAGAAACUGAGGCAGAAGUCACCCUCAGAUCGUCAAAUGAUUUCCCAGGCGGAGACCAGUGCACAGAGGGCCUCCGUGGACACUAACCGCUCUACCCACCACCUGGCAGAGACAGUGGAUGCCUUCCAGGAGCAGAAGCUGAAAGACCUCCGGAGAAUCUUCUCUGACUUUGUGACCAUCGAGAUGGUCUUCCAUGCAAAGGCAGUGGAGGUGUAUUCCAGUGCUUUCAGGACCCUGGAGAGCUACGACCUGGAGCGGGACCUGCAGGACUUCAGAGCCAAGAUGCAUGGAACUUAUGGGCACAGCGAAGCUCGGCCGCUGACAGACACCAGCCCCUCUCUAUCUGUCCCUUGGCCUCUGGCCAGCCAGAGUGUUCAGAGCACCACGGCACACCAGGGGAAAGAUGAGGAGGAGAGUGAGGCUGACUCUGUGGAGGAGAUCCCCCUGGAGGACCUCAAGGGACAGCAGCAGGGACGCCGGGACUAGGAAGAGGAUCCUGUGGCAGGUGGAAGGCCUAGGCUGGCUGGACCUGGACCUUGGUGGGCUCUGCUGGUGUCCUCGGUCAGGGAUCCCCGGGGCCUCUUUCCUUAUCCACAUAGUAGGAUGCUCUGCAGACUCAGAUUUCUGGUGUCAGUGAA